UUCUCUCUCCGGCUCUCGAGUUUCCAUCAGAUUCUCUCCUUUGUUUACACUUUGCAGAUCUUUCUCUCUCUGCAGCCAGAGCCAAUUUGUUUAUACCCCAAAGUCUCAGGCCCUCUUGGGGCUUGGUCAAGAAAAAUACUAUAAUAAAACUGCCCAACGGAGUCAAGAAAAUGACGAACUCAAAAGGCAAAAAGUGAAAAGCCCCACUCAGAUUCACACGCAUCAAAUGAGUUUUCGCCGAAUACCCGUAUCGGGAUUUUCAUCUGGGGAUGGGUUUUUCCCGGACGAAGUUGUUCUUCAAAUUCUUGCAAGAUUGCCGGUGAAGUCCCUAUUCAGAAGCAAAACCGUGUGUAAACUUUGGAACAGAUUGUCCUCGGACAAGUAUUUUGUCCAGCUCUAUAAUGAAUUGUCUGUCAAGAACCCUAUGGUAUUGGUUGAGGUCUCAGAGGCAUCAGAAUCGAAAUCUUGCUUGAUUUGUGUUGAUAAUCUGAGGGGUGUUUCUGAAUUUUCUUUGGAUUUCUUGAAAGAUAGAUUUAAGGUUAGAGCCUCGUGUAAUGGCUUGCUGUGUUGCUCGAGUAUUCCUGAUAAGGGUGUUUACUAUAUCUGCAAUCCAAUGACUAGGGAGUUGAGGUUGCUUCCUAGGAGUAGAGAGAGGCCUGUGACUCGGUUUUACCCUGAUGGUGAGGCCAUUCUGGUUGGUUUGGCAUGCGAUUCCUCGAGUCAGAAAUUUAAGGUUGUGUUGGCGGGCUAUCACCGCUCUUUUGGUCAUAGGUCGGAUGGAACUUUUAUAUGCUUGGUUUUUGAUUCGGAGUUGAACAAAUGGACAAAGUUUGUGUCAUUUCAAGAUGAUCAUUUCACGCACAUGAAUCGGAAUCAAGUUGUGUUUGUGAAUGGCUCGUUGCAUUGGUUGACAGGUAGUUGGUCUGGCAUUCUUGUGCUUGAUUUGGAUUGUGAGAUAUGGAGGAAGAUGCCAUUGCCUGAGCAAGUCAGCUAUGGUUCUGCUGGGAAUAGGAUUUAUUUGUUGGAAUCAGAUGGUUGCCUGUCCGUGGUGCAGAUAUCAGAUGCUUGGAUGAAUAUUUGGGUAUUGAAAGACUAUGAGAGGGAAGAAUGGCAAUUGGCUGAUAGGGUGAGUCUUAGAUGUAUCAGAGGACUUGUUCCGGGCAUUUUCCCGAUAAGUCAGACAGGUGAAUAUGUUUUCCUAGCAACUCAUAAGCAGGUGUUGGUGUAUCAGCGGAAGAAUCGAGUGUGGAAAGAAAUGUACUCCGUGAAGAACGGCUCGACGCUUCCAUUGUGGUUCUCAGCUCAUGCAUUCAGGAGCACAAUAUUCUCCUGUCACUAAGGUGUGGACUUACUACAUCUGCUGAACUCUGCUGUAAAUAAACUUCUUUGUCGAAACAAAGCACUGCUACUCAAUUGGCCAAUUUUAUUUGUUGAAAAUUUGAUGGUUUUUUUACUUAUUUAAGUGUAAAGUUUUCAAUUUAAGCUGUCGUUUGGGCUUGAAUCUCCUCACUUUUGCAAAUGAAAAACAGUGAGGCUGGUUUUUUCUUGGAUUCGGAAAUUUAAUUCUCCUUGUUCCUCAGCUUGAAAGGUAAAUAAAAGAUAUUCUUUGUUCAA